ACGCCCACCCAUUGGCUCCCACCCUGCAAGAAAAGCCGAGAAAAAGGACCGCACACUCCCGCUAACCCCUGGACUGCCUGCGGGAACCACCACAAUCUGCCCAUUACAUAGUACGUACGUGAAUACGUACUUGCCUGGUAGAAUUUUCCGCUUGUCCUCAGCAUGGCGGACCAAGGACCCACCCGCCUUGAAACCGAGCUCGAGCUACUACAGGCCAUGUAUCCCGACCAGACACACUACAACCCCAACUCCCGCGAGUUAAAGUUCACCAAUCAUGGCCAUUGCUCCUUCCUUCUUCGCUUACCGGAGACGUACCCCGAUUCAGGAUUUCCCGACAUCAUCUCUGCAACUGAUGCGGCCAAGAAUGACUUGCGCCUACGUCUGAGAGAAGCCGUAGCGGAGUUGACACUACUUGAGGGAGAGGAAUCACUCGAUGCCAUUGUUGCGACCUUUGAGCGUCUCAUCGAAUCUGCUUCUUCGCAUCUGAAUCAACCACAAAAUGCCAGUGCCACUUCUGAUACCCCAAAAACAACCAUCAUAUGGCUGCAUCACCUUCUCAACACCAACAAGCGCAAACUUGCCCUCUCACCCCCAUCCUCAUCACCUCCCGUCUCGGGUCUCACUAAGCCAGGCUAUCCAGGCGUCCUCGUCUACUCGGGCCCAUCCCUAGCUGUCACCGAGCACGUCAAUUUGCUAAAGGCCCAAAACUGGCAAGCCUUCCAGGUACGCUACGAGGAAGACGAGCUUUGGCACUUCGCACAUGGUACAGGUGUCAAGGAAGUCGAGACCAUGAGCGACAUUGUAAAGGGCGUCGAGACACAAAACAACACAGCCAACGAACAAAGGGAUAAGCUGCUCAAGGCCCUUGGUAUAAAAUAAAAGUGCAUUUCGAGCCCGUACUCGGCACAGCGAGGAAUGAAGGGAAGAUUUCUUGCCGGCUGAUGUCCAAGAAACCCGGGAUCACGGUAACCGAAAUGAUCCGGACAUUGCAGUAGUGCUGCUGAUCAUGGACUACAUACACCGCAACAUGGGGUUGCAUACGAACCUAACGUUUGAUAC